AUGGCAAAUAGAGAAUACGACUACUUAAUCAAGUUGGUUAUUAUUGGAAACUCAAGUGUUGGAAAAUCUUCCGUACUCUUGCGUUUUAGUGAUGAUCAGUUUAGCGAGUCAUAUUUAACAACUAUUGGUGUAGAUUUUAGAUUCAAGACUUUAAACAUAGAUGGAAGAAAGGUUAAAUUACAAAUUUGGGAUACAGCUGGUCAAGAAAGAUUCCGUACAAUUACUAAUGCAUAUUACAAAGGAGCAGAUGGUAUUGUUCUCGUAUAUGAUAUCACAAACUCAACAUCAUUCGAAGACAUUGAACGCUUUUGGCUAAAUGAAGUAGAAAGUUAUGCUGAAAAAGAUGUAGAAUUGCUACUUUUAGGUAACAAAAGCGAUCUUUCUGAUUAGCGCUAAGUUGAGACAAACAUGGUUUCAGAAUACGCUGAAAAAAAGCACAUGGAUUUUUAUGAAACAUCUGCAAAGACAUCUGAUUAAAUUGAACAAGCUUUCCUCUCUAUUUCUAAGAGAUUGAUGUCUAAAAAGGAUGCCAAGCUAGCUGAAAAGAAGAAGCGUCCCACUAAUAGCAAAAAAGGUACUGGAUCAUCAUCUGAAAACUCAUAGAAAUCCUCUUCAACUAGUGCUAAUAGUACAACAAAUGCAAAUAACUCUUAAUAACCAACCCAAACUAACGAAAAAAUAUCACUAGGCAGCUCAUCUAACCAAUAAACUACAAAAUCAAACAAACUAAACUUAGGAUGUUGCCAAGUUUGA